AUGAUGUGGAUAAUUAGUUGGAUCAGUGUUCGCAUUCACACAUCGAUCAAGCUCCAAGAAGAAGAUUACCAUUCAUGGCAAAAAUCCAACAAGCGGGAGUCUUCUCCUCUGCACAUCGUGGUGUUCUCAUGGCUCGCCUUCGGCCACAUCACCCCCUUCCUCGAGCUCUCCGAGCAGCUCGCCAAGCGCGGCCACUUCGUCACCUUCGUCAGUGCCCCGAGGAACCUCGCCAAGCUGAGGCCUGUCGCCGCCGACGUUAGGCCGCGCAUCCGGCUCGUGUCACUGCCCCUGCCGCUCGUGGAUGGCCUCCCGGACGGCGCCGAGUCAACGGCCGACGUCCCGCCGGAGAAGGUCGAGCUCCUUAAGAUCGCCUUCGACGGCCUUGCCGCCCCCUUCGCCUCCUUCCUCGCCGAGGCUUGCGCCGACGGGGAGGCCAGAGAAGGGCACUCCAAGAAGCCCGACUGGAUCAUCCUCGACUUCGCGCAGCACUGGCUUCCGCCCAUCGCCGAGGAGCACAAGGCACGUACCUAUCACCGCCACAGCACCUUCUCGUAUUUCGUCCGAGUGUCUGACCGACCGUCUCCGUGGCAAGUGCAGGUGCCGUGCGCGGUGUUCCUGAUCUUCCCUGCGGCCUGCGUCGCGUUCGUGGGCCCAAAGGAGCUCAACGACGCGCACCCGCCAUCCGCGGCGGAGGACUUCACCGUUCCGCCGCCGUGGAUCCCUUCUCCGUCCUGUCUCGCAUUCCGCGGCCACGAGGCUGAGUGGACCGCAGGGGGGUGGCAGCCCAACGCGUCCGGCAUCUCCGACGUCGGCCGCAUCUGGGAGACAACGCAGCGCUGCCCGCUCAUCGUGUGCCGUUGCAGCCACGAGGUCGACGGCCCGCUCUGCCCCCUCCUGGGCGACCUCUACCGCAAGCCCGUCCUCCCCACGGGCCUCCUCGCACCGUACGAGGCAGCCGUUCGCGCCGCGGCUGCCGACGGCGAGGGCGAGCACGACGAUGAGGAGAGCGCGAGGCUCAUGCGCUGGCUCGAUGCCCAGCCCGAGCGCUCCGUGCUCUACGUGGCGUUCGGGAGCGAGGCGCCGCUGACGCCGGCGCACGUCCGCGCGCUCGCGCUCGGGCUGGAGCUGGCGGGCGUGCGCUUCCUAUGGGCGCUCCGGAAGCCGGUCGGCGGCGAGCAGCCGCAGCUCCCGGUCGGGUUCGAGGGCCGCGUGGGCAGGCGCGGGGUGGUGCGCGUCGGGUGGGUGCCGCAGGUGCGCGUGCUCGCGCACGCCGCGGUGAGCGCCUUCAUGACGCACGUCGCGUGGAGCUCCCUCAUGGAGAGCUUCCUGUUCGGCCACCCGCUGGUGAUGCUGCCCCUGUUCGCCGACCAGGGCCUCACCGCGCGCCUGAUGACGGAGCGGCGGGUCGGCCUGGAGGUGCCGUGGGACGACUGCGGCAGCGAGUUUCCGCGGCGAGGACGUCGCGAGGACCGUGCGGCGGGUGAUGGUGGAGGAGGAAGGCAAGGAGUUCUCGCGCAACGCCAAGGGAUUGCAGGAGGUUCUCUGGGACACAGCGACGCAGGAGCGCUACAUCGAUGA